UCACUGCAUCGUUGCGUUGAUAUAGUCGCACGUGUUACUCUUACGUGUAGAUUACUUUAGACGUGUAAAAUGCAAAAACGUGGAAUCAAGAGGAAAAAGCAUGACGAUAAUGAAUAUGAUCCUGCUCCUAGACACUUGCAAAUAGGUCACAUCAAGAAUCAAGAGAAGCGUCUUGUCGUUAUACUGGAAAAUGCUCAAUUGGAAUCUGUGAAGGUUGGAAAUUGCUUCGAACUGUUGAAUUGCGAUGACCAUACAAACAUUUUGAAAAAAAAUAAUCGCGAUCCGGGCUCAUGCAGGCCCGAUAUCGCUCAUCAGUGCCUGUUAAUGUUGAUGGACAGUCCGUUAAAUCGAGCCGGAUUAUUGCAAGUCUACAUACAUACGGAAAAAAAUGUACUGAUUGAAAUUAAUCCACAAACCAGGAUACCAAGAACAUUCAAACGCUUUGCUGGAUUAAUAGUACAACUAUUACAUAAAUAUGGUGUUAGAGCAUCGGAUGGAUCAACGAAGCUUCUUAAAGUAAUUAAGAAUCCCAUUACAAAUCAUUUACCAGUUGGUUGUCGUAAGAUAUUGAUGUCGUUUAAUGCAAGCAAAGUACUAAAUUCACGAGAGCUUGUACCUGCCGAAGAUCCUAUUGCUAUUGUAGUUGGAGCAAUGGCGCACGGACAAGUCAAAACGGAUUACACAGAAGAUACCUACUCAAUCAGUAAUUAUCCCCUCUCAGGCGCUGUCGCAUGUAGUAAAUUAUGUACAGGAUUUGAAGAAGUUUGGGGAAUUGUUUAAUAAAAAGCUGUAAUGUAUUAUAUAUAAUUUCAAAUUUAUAUGAAUCGCGAGAGCAAUUUUGAGGAUCACAAUUUGAAGGAUUUUUUGAAGUGAAUGUACAAUAUUUCAGUAAAAAGUAGUUUGUCUAUA